UGAGGAAAGCCACUUCAAGGGCACAGAGCACACGAGGCCGAGUGCAGAAAAAUUUCACUGCCUCACUGAUAGAAACCAAAGUCACAGCUUGUUCUCCUGCCUCUGAGUGGAUCCCACUGAGUCUGGUCUGACAAAGUGAAACACAGAGAUGGCUGAGGCGCAUCAGGCGGUGGGCUUCCAGUUCACUGUGCGCCCAGAUGGUGUCGACCUAAAGCUGAGCCAAGAAGUCAUCAAGAACAUCUACCUGUCAGGAGUGACUGCAUGGAAGAAGAGAGCCAUUCAGUUCAAGAAUGGCGUACUGGCUGGAGUCUACCCUGCCAGCCCGUCCAGCUGGCUGAUAGUUGUGAUCGCCAUGAUGAGCUCCUUGUACAUCCACGUAGACCCCUCUCUAGGAAUGAUCGAUGCCAUCAAGGAAAACCUGCCACACAGUGUCGUACCUUUUCUGAGCAGAGGCUAUAUGUCAGUGCAGACCCGAGCAGUGCUGAGCGCCAUCCUGUUUGCCACUGGACUGUGGCUGUUCCUCAUCUACCUCCUGAGAUACACUCUCAAAGCUCUGCUCUCCUACCAUGGAUGGAUUUUUGAAUCCCACGGAAAAAUGAGCACGUCGACCAAAGUGUGGCUGAGCCUGGUAAAGAUGUUCUCUGGACGCAGACCCCUGCUCUACAGUUUCCAGGCCUCCUUACCCAGACUCCCUGUGCCCAGUGUGGACGACACAAUUCACAGGUACCUUGAGUCAGUUCGUCCUCUGCUGGACACUGAACAGUACCGUCAAAUGGAGGUUUUGGCCAAUGAGUUUAACGAGUCCAUGGCAACCCGGCUGCAGAGGUACCUAAUCCUAAAAUCCUGGUGGGCAACAAAUUACGUUAGUGACUGGUGGGAGGAGUACAUCUACCUCAGGGGCAGGACUCCUAUCAUGGUCAACAGUAACUUCUAUAUAAUGGACCUCUUGUACGUGACCCCGACACACCGACAGGCUGCACGAGCAGGAAACGUGGUCCACGCCAUGCUGCAGUACAGACGCAAACUGGAACGUGGUGAACAUGCACCGCUGAGGGCUUUGGGGACGGUUCCUAUGUGCUCCACUCAGAUGGAGAGGAUGUUCAACACCACCCGCAUCCCUGGCAUUGAAACAGAUAUUGUGCAGCACCUGACAGACCGUAAGCACCUGGUCGUCUACCACAAGGGCCGCUUCUUCCACCUGUGGCUGUACACUGGAGGACGCCACCUCUUACCCAGUGAACUGGAGACUCAGUUUCAAAGGAUCCUCAAUGAUACGUCUGAACCCCAACCAGGAGAACUCAAAUUAGCUGCCUUGACUGCAGGGAACAGGGUACCGUGGGCUCGGGCUCGGAUUAAAUAUUUCAGCCAGGGAGUAAACAAAGUGUCCCUGGAUGCCAUUGAGUCAGCCGCCUUCUUCCUGACACUGGAUGAUGAGCCACAGGGUUAUGACCCUGCAAAGACCAACUCCCUCGACAGUUACGCCAAAUCCCUGCUGCAUGGAAAAUGCUAUGACAGGUGGUUCGACAAGUCUUUCACCUUGAUCUCUUACCCAAAUGGAAAAAUGGGUGUAAAUGCUGAACAUUCUUGGGCUGAUGCACCAAUUGUAGGACACAUGUGGGAGUAUGUCCUUGCAACAGACUGCUUCCAUCUUGGCUACACAGAGGAGGGACACUGCAAAGGGGAUGUGAACAAGGGUCUGCCUCAUCCCACCAGACUGCAGUGGCAGAUUCCAGAGGAGUGCCAAAGUAUCAUUGAAACCUCAUACCUAUCAGCGAAGCAGAUUGCCGAUGACGUGGACUUCCAUGGAUACCUGUUUAAUGACUUUGGGAAAGGCAUGAUCAAGAAGUGCAGGACGAGCCCCGAUGCUUUCAUUCAGCUGGCCUUGCAGCUGGCACAGUUCAGGGACCAGAGAGUGUUCUGCCUAACGUACGAGUCGUCAAUGACUCGUAUGUUCAGAGACGGACGAACGGAGACGGUGCGCUCCUGCACCUCUGAGGCUGUUGCAUUUGUCAGAGCCAUGGAGGAUGCGGGUGCAACGACUGCCCAGAGACUUGCCCUGUUUCGGAAGGCGGCAGAUAAGCAUCAGAACAUGUAUCGUCUGGCCAUGACUGGUUCUGGCAUCGAUCGUCACCUCUUCUGUCUCUACUUAGUGUCCAAAUACCUCGGCGUUGACUCGCCUUUUCUGAAGAAGGUUCUUUCAGAGCCAUGGAAAUUAUCCACCAGCCAGACGCCACAGCAGCAGCUCAACCUCGUUGACAUCAACAAAUUCCCUAAAUAUGUGGGUGCUGGAGGCGGAUUUGGGCCUGUGGCUGAUGACGGUUAUGGUGUGUCUUAUAUCAUUGUUGGAGAAAACCUCAUCACAUUCCACAUCUCCAGCAAGUUCUCCAGCCCUGACACAGACUCGUACCGGUUCGGUCAGCACAUUCAGAAGGCCAUGCUCGAUAUUCAAGCACUUUACAAGCCUGAAAAUGACAAGAAGACGGUAGAGAAGCAUGUGCCGCUGGAAAAUGGGAAAAAGCACAUAUAGCAGGCAGUGCAGGAAGGAGCUGGGCAUUCCACUCAGUCAGACAAAAGGAAUUGUGGUUACUCCUCUAAUUUAUUUCUACUUGUCAGAACUGCUUUGCUUCGUGCUGAGGGAACUCUAAUCUUUAAUAAUGGGAAAUGUUUGGAAAAAGGUUGUUUCUGCACUUUUUUGGUCAGUGUAUGCAAUGGACUGUAUAUAAACCUAAUGUAAAAAAACAACAACUACAUUCUUUAUUUAUGGUAGGAAGUCUGUGUAUAUGAAACUUGUAAAUAUAUAUUUGCCUGAAGAAUUCAGUACUGUGUUUGAAAAUGUCAAUCCUUUGUUAUAGGGCUGUAUUUAUGAAAUUGCUGUUCAUUUUAAGGCGGUUGUCAUUUUUGAUUAAAAAUAAAAACCCCUAAUACACCCAA